CAAGGUAAAAACAAAGGAACGGCUAUCACGAGGCGCGGCCAAAACGAUCGAAACAAUGCAAGAACAAAAGACCUGUAUUGUUCGCUGAACGUGGACCAUCCUUAUCUUUAGGAUUAUAAUAAAAUGGAAACGAUUUUCAAACCAAGUUAUUAGUUUGUCUUUGCUCUUAUAUCUGGACCUUGCUGCCUGCGACGCAUUGCAUUUUGAACCUCCUCGUCCUACUACCACACAAUAUUCCGUUAUUUUCUAACCACUAUCCACCAUCAACAUAUCACUAAAUGGCUAGAAUUGGACGAGCAGCAAUCGAGAGAGGGGCGGCUCUACGUGCCGCAUCUCGACGAUCUCCCGAACUGAAGUCACCCAGCCCUAAACGUCCGCAGAGGUCAAGGGCUGGGGCAGCUAAGGCUAAAGUCGAGGCAGUUGAGGAGAGCGUCGAAUCCUCCACCAAACGACUUGCCGGCUCACGCACAGCUUCCGCGGCAUCCAAGAACUCCAAGGCUUCGGGAAAGGCAACCGCUACUAAAGACAUGGGGCCUCGAAAGCAUGCCCCUCUCCGGGGCAGUGCCGUUGAGGAGUCUGUUGGUGAUUCUCCUUCGGUGCCUGUGCGACGUUCCAGGGCGGUAUCUGUCAGGACCAGGACCGUCGUCGAGGAGAGCUCGACGGCCAAAGCUCCGCCCCGCGCGCCGGCGCUGGAUAAGGGCAAGGGAAAACAGAAACGGGCUGAGCGUCUGGGCAAGGGCAAGGGAAAGCUCAUCAAAGUUAUCGAGGAGAGCGACGGCGUCUCAGCGGAAGAUGAAGAGCGGGCCGCCGAAUCAGCUGUCCCCACUGAAAUUGUGGACGAAAGCGAAAAUACUGUCAACAUUUCUGACAAGAAAGCGGAUGAAGAAAAGGCGGAAGAACCUAAAGACUCAGAAGAUGAUGAAGUCCUCGACCCCAGCAAGAUAAUCCCCAUCAUGAACACCCUAGUCAAAGAGGACAUUGCCGAUCUAGGGAUGAUCCAUCAACUCCAGAACUCCGUUACCCGACUCACUGAAGAAGCUAACAACAUACUCUGUGCCUGUCGCAAGGAGACGGCGUUCCGUACUCGCUUAGAGGCGUACUUGCGAUACUGCGUUUUCAACAAUAAUCUGGAUUCGAAGAAUGGAUGGGUGACGAUCCAAGAGAAGGGGAGGCUUGACAAUGGGUGGACUGCGGAGGAGAUGUGGAGCGGCGGAGGGGUCCUCGUCGUGUACGGUCCGGAUUUUGAACUGCUUGCGACUGAGAGUGAGGAAGACGAAUUGUUCUGGGUGCUUGAUGAUGAGGAAAUUCAGGAGAGCAUAGAUAGGGAGUUGCCUUCAGAUGAUGAGGAGUCUGAGGGUUCGGGUGAAAAUGCGGGCGGGAAAGAAGGAGAGGAGGGAAAGGAAGGGGAGGAGGGAGAAUGGGGCGGAGAGGAGGGAGAUGGGGAAGACAUGUCAGGAGAUGAGGAAAACGGGUCGGAUGCCGAGCCUGCUAGCCAGCCGUCGUCGCCUUCGCGGAAGCGUCCUCGCAAUGACAAUGAGGAGGUUGUAACGCCUUCAGCUCGUCGUAUCAGAGUAUGAUACGUAAGGUCCUCUACUACGUGCUAGGGACCAUCUUGUAUUCGCCAUUUUUAUUUAAAUAAUUUAUUCAAGUGCUGCAGGCAGUCACUCGGUGGUUCAGCG